AUGGACGCCUCCUCCCUCCGCAUCUCCAAGUUCGAUGGAACUAACUUCCACGCCUGGAAGUUCAAGAUGCGGAUGGUGCUUGAGGAGCGGAACUUAUGGGAGGUCGUCAGCGGUGAGAUCAAGGCGGAACAGUGCGAGACUCAGUUGGACCAAGCGACGUACAAGAGAAAGUCAAGAAAGGCGAUGGCAGUGAUCUGUCUAGCCAUGGAAAAUUCCCAGCUACCGUUGGUCCGGUCGGCAAGUGGUGCAUGCGACGCAUGGUCAAGGUUGGAAGACCACUUCGAGAAGAAGAGUCUUGCCAACAAGCUGUUCUUGCGCCGUCGCUUCUUCACGACAAUGAUGGAAGAAGGCGACGAUGUGCUCGAACACAUCAACAAGCUCAAGACGCUGGCGGAACAGCUAGAAGCGGUGGGGGCUCCAGUCUGCGAGGACGAUCUGGUGAUCACACUCCUCGGCAGCCUGAGUGACUCGUAUCAAUUCUUGAUCACAGCUUUGGAGUCGCGCUCAGACACUCUUAGCUGGGAGCUCGUGACGUCUCGACUGCUUCAUGAAGAAAUGAAGCGGAAGGAGCAAGGAAGUAAAGGUGAUGAAGCUUCGCAAGGUCAAGCGUUCAUCACAAGGGACAAUCAGCGCAAAGGGCGACCAGUGAAGAAGUCCUGGCCGUGCCACAAUUGCGGAAAGAUUGGUCACUGGAUGGCGGAGUGCCCCUCGCGCAUCCAAGAAAACACGGAGAGACACCGGCCACAGCGUGCUCAAGACAGCGGCGACCGCUAUCGAUCACAACGUGCAAACGUCGCUCAAGAAGAAGACUCGGGCGACUACCUCUUUUCGAUCGGUGAAACGACAUCUGCGAAAUCGAGCGACAUCUGGCUGGUCGACUCCGGGGCGACGCAGCACAUGACGUGCUCCAAGAAGUUCAUGCGGAACUACAAGGGGUUUGACGCUGUGGAUGUCCAUCUCGCGGAUGAUGGAAUCGUCCAAGCAAUCGGCAGUGGGGACAUUGUCAUGUCGAUGAAGACACCCCAAGGGAUGAAGAAAGGUGUGCUCACAAACGUGUGGCACAUCCCAAAGUUAUCCAGAAACCUGUUCUCGGUCGGCCGCUUCACCAAGGAUGUCGGCCCAGUGACGUUCACGAAGGAUGGGUGCUAUGGAGAAGCGAAAGGGACCAAGUGGAAAAUUGGUGCCCGUGAAGGUAAAGGACUGUUCAAGCUGCAAAUGACUCCAGUGGCGCCGGAACAAGCAAAUGCAGCCAAGUCGUCGGGAUGUCAAGGGGGCACCAAGUCGUACCUCUGGCACCUUCGGCUUGGCCACAUAGGUCACGAUGGACUCAAUUGCAUCGUGACGAAGAACAUUGGAAUUGGCAUCGACAUAUCUUCGGUGAAGAAGUGGGACGUGUGUGAAGGUUGUGCUCUGGGAAAACAGACUCGAGUGCGCUUCCAAUCAAACACUACAGCUCGCACCUCCAAACUCCUCGAAGUGAUUCACAGCGACGUAUGCGGACCGAUGUCGAUGGCAACUUUCAGUGGAAAACGGUACUUCGUGACAUUCAUUGAUGACAAGUCAAGAUACUGUGUCGUCUAUCUGCUUGUUGCAUUGUAG